AUUGUGUGAGGAUUGCUCCAGAUGCGCUUAACAUUGCUUUCGCUCGUGAAAGUUUUUACAAGCCAACAGUAAGCUUACCAACAAAGCUCUGUCAUGGACGUCCGCCGGCGAGCUCCCGGUCCGGCCACUACCGUCGUCGGCGACCACCAGCAGCAGAAGCAGAAAAGUCAGUCCUCCAUUGGCCCGACCCCAAAAGCGUCGGACGCCCUCCCUCUCCCCCUAUACCUAACCAACUGCAUUUUCUUCACCCUCUUCUUCACCGCCUCCUACUACCUCCUCGAACGCUGGCGCGACAAGAUCCUUUCCUCCACGCCUCUCCACGUCGUCACUCUCUUCGAACUCGUCGCCAUCGUCUCCCUCAUCGCCUCCUUCAUCUACCUCCUCGGCUUCUUCGGCAUCGAUUUCGUCCAAUCCUUCAUCUCUCGUGCCGCCCACGACGAUCUCGAAUUGGAUGAUGAUGAUGAUGAUGAUGAUCGCCCCCUCCUUCUAGACGACGACGAAGAAAUCGUUAAAUCGGUUGUUUCCGGUACCGUUCCGUCGUACUCGCUGGAGUCAAAACUGGGCGACUGUUAUCGUGCGACCCUAAUUCGACGCGAGGCGGUGCAGAGACUUACAGGGAGGUCCCUCUUUGGUUUGCCCUUGGAUGGAUUCGAUUACAAGUCCAUUUUGGGGCAGUGUUGUGAAAUGCCAGUCGGUUAUGUUCAAAUUCCGGUGGGGAUUGCUGGACCCUUGUUGCUCAACGCCUGCGAAUACUCUGUGCCGAUGGCCACCACUGAGGGAUGUUUGGUUGCCAGUACGAACCGAGGUUGCAAAGCCAUGUACGCUUGUGGAGGUGCGACCAGCGUUGUUUUGAAAGAUGGGAUGACUAGAGCUCCUGUUGUCAGGUUUUCCACGGCAAAGAGAGCCUCUGAGUUGAAGUUUUUCUUGGAAGAUCCUCUUAAUUUCGAUACAUUGGCCCUGAUUUUUAACGAAUCGAGCAGAUUUGCAAGGCUCCAAAGUAUUCAAUGUUCCAUUGCAGGGAAAAAUCUUUUCAUGAGAUUCAGCUGCAGCACAGGAGACGCAAUGGGGAUGAACAUGGUGUCCAAAGGUGUUCAGAAUGUUUUGGAAUCCCUUCAAAUUGAUUUUCCAGACAUGGAUGUAAUCGGCAUCUCUGGGAACUUUUGUUCGGACAAGAAGCCAGCUGCAGUUAAUUGGAUUGAAGGGCGUGGAAAGUCUGUUGUUUGUGAGGCAAUCAUCACCGAGGAGGUAGUUAGGAAGGUAUUGAAAACCACUGUUCCUGCCCUCGUAGAGCUGAACAUGCUUAAGAACCUUGCUGGAUCUGCUGUUGCUGGUGCUCUUGGUGGUUUCAAUGCCCAUGCUGCCAAUAUAGUCUCUGCAAUUUUUAUAGCCACUGGUCAGGAUCCAGCACAAAAUAUCGAGAGUUCCCACUGCAUAACUAUGAUGGAAGCCGUCAAUGAUGGGAAGGACCUUCACAUUUCAGUGACCAUGCCUUCCAUUGAGGUAGGUACAGUUGGAGGUGGGACUCAACUUGCAUCUCAAUCAGCUUGUCUGAACCUUCUUGGUGUGAAGGGUGCAAGCAAAGAGUACCCAGGAUCAAACUCCAGGCUUUUGGCGACAAUAGUAGCUGGUUCAGUUUUGGCAGGGGAGCUCUCCUUGAUGUCUGCCAUUGCAGCUGGGCAGCUUGUCAAGAGCCACAUGAAAUACAACAGAUCAAGCAGGGAUGUCUCCAAAGUUGUCUCUUAAGAGGAAAGAUGAGGCUGAGAAGGCAAAAUGGAGGCAAAAUUGGGCAGGAGGAACUACCCAUGUGGGAUCGCUUCUUGUCAUAGCUGUAAAGUUGGCAAUCAUGUGUUGUAUCAAGUCAUGAGGCUAACCUGCUUGGUUGUACUCUCUCUCUCUCUCUCUCUCUCUCUCUCUCUCUCUGAGGAUGACGGCAUACCCUGGUGAAGUGCACCAUUGGAGCCCCCACAUAUGGUUUGUCUGUUGUCCCAAUUGUCAAGUUGGAAAUGUUGUCCUCCCUUGUCUGUUUUUAGUAAUUGUUAUUAUCAUUGUUUGUCUUUGGGGCCACAUUGGUUUCAAACCUGGCACAGUUGUUUCUUCUCUUGUUAUUUUGUGCACAGGAUUGGAAUUUUUAUUUUUGUUUUCUUAAUUUUUUAUUGGCAAAGGAUCAUAAUUUCUCAGAAUCUGAAUUUGGAGAAGGCAGUAGUUUUUUUUUUGUUUAGUAUUAGCAUCUAACCUUUCCAAUUGUGUAGGUUGUACCUGGUGGGCUAUUAUUAAAUAAAAGGCAUCUGAUUAAGUGCUA